ACAAAACAGGACCUCGUCUGUCACACGGCACGGACACGUCAGUCUGCUACGAGGUUUCUACGGAGCGCUCGCUCUGUCCGGAAAACAUCUUCCUAUCUGGUUUCAAUUUGCCCACUGAACAACAAAAAAACUUCAACCAUGGAACCGACCGGAACCAACGACGGAGAGACGUACGUCACUUCCGUGAGGAAAACCGAGUACCGCUACACUUGGGUCAUCAACAACUUCAGCGUCUGGCUGGAAAACGUCGAAGGGAAGCAAUGCUCGCCCCAAUUUCCUUCCGGUGAGCAGGAACCGGUGAAAUGGUGCUUGAAUUUCUAUCCAAACGCAUCAAUGGCCAACGGCGAUGAAAAGUGCUGUUCUCUGUUUGUUGAAUUAGUGUCGUCGCCGAAAGGCAAAGCGUCUGCGACUUUGGAAUUUACAUUGGCUGACGCAAACGGAAAUCCAAUAUUGCGGAAAACCUGCAAGCAUGAGAUUAUGGUGAAAAGCGACUGGGGGUGGAAUGAUUAUGUUUCAAGGGAUAAUCUGCUCGAAAAGGUCAAGCCAGGUGAUACACUCGUAAUUAAGUGCAAGAUAACAGUUCAUUCCACGAUCAUAAACGAAAAGCUGGCAAAAACCCCCAAACCUCUACCGAGCAGUUUGGCCAAAGAUUUGAAGACCCUCGUCGGUGUCGACAGCAAGUUUGGCGACGUCACCAUACUGGUCGCUGGCCAGCGAUUCCCGGCACACAAGUGCAUCCUGUCGGCCAGGAGCUCCGUCUUCAGCGCCAUGUUCGAGCACCCGAUGCAGGAAACGAUCGAGAGUUGCGUUUCCAUCGACGACGUCGAACCGCCGGUUUUCGAAGCGCUGCUCCGGUUCAUCUACACGGACGAGCUGACCAGUCUGGAGACGAUGGCCCACGCGCUGUACAAAGCGGCUGAUAAGUACGACGUUCCGACGCUGAAAAGCCACUGCCAUUGCCACAUCCUGGAGAAGCUCAGCUGGGAAACUGCCGCCGAAACGUUGAUGCUUGCGGACCUGUACGACGACCUCGAGAUGAAGAAGCACGUGCUGCAGUUUCUCAGCGGCAGCGUGGCGGCCAAGGUGACGGAGACGGACGGCUGGAAGGAAUUGGUGCGGGCGUGUCCGCAUCUUGUGGACGAAACGAUCAGGGCGAUGGCUGCCAAAGGGGGCUGCUAGGAAUGUCAUCUUGCAAUUAAUAAAGCACCUGUUCGCG